CGCAGACGAUUUCCAUUCAAACUCGGAACCGGAGAGACGACAGCAUGUCGGGACCGCAAGUGAGCCGCUCGAGCCUUCAGCUGUACCGCGAUUGCCUGCGCCUGGCCAAGCACAUUGGUGGCAACAGCCGCAAGGGCGAGGCCAUCCGCAGCAUGCUCCGCGCCGAGUUCCGCAAGUCGAUGCACGAGACGGACGAGCUCAAGAUUGAAAACCUCAAGGCCAACGCCGUCCGUGGUCUUAGCAACUACUUGGUCCUCGCCAACUCGAGUAAGGAUGGCAAGCUCAAGCAAGCGAUCAAGUCGACGGACGAGGCCUCCAACAGCGGUCCCCAGAAUGCCGAGUGGAAAGAGCUUUAAGCGCACACACUGUAUUUUGAGGCGCGUUGGACAAAGAUCCACAUUGUUAAACCUUCUCCAACAG